AUGUCUGUCACUUACGAUGAUUCCGUUGGAGUCGAAGUGUCCAGCGACAGCUUCUGGGAGGUCGGGAACUAUAAGCGGACCGUGAGGCGGAUCGACGACGGCCACCGCCUGUGCACAGACCUCAUGAACUGCCUGCACGAGCGGGCGCGCAUCGAGAAGGCAUACGCACAGCAGCUCACCGAGUGGGCCCGGCGCUGGAGGCAGCUUGUGGACAAGGGGCCCCAGUAUGGGACGGUGGAGAAGGCCUGGGUGGCCGUCAUGGCCGAGGCGGAGAAGGUGAGCGAGCUGCACCUGGAGGUGAAGGCCUCACUGAUGAACGAGGACUUCGAGAAGAUCAAGAACUGGCAGAAGGACGCCUUCCACAAACAGAUGAUGGGCGGCUUCAAGGAGACCAAGGAGGCUGAGGACGGCUUUCGGAAGGCGCAGAAGCCGUGGGCCAAGAAACUGAAAGAGGUAGAAGCAGCAAAGAAGGCCUACCACGCAGCAUGCAAGGAAGAGAAGCUGGCGAUAUCCCGUGAGAACAACAGCAGAGCCGACCCGUCCCUCAACCCUGAGCAGCUUAAGAAACUGCAAGACAGAGUAGAGAAGUGCAAGCAGGAUGUUCUUAAGAGCAGAGAGAAGUACGAGAAGUCUCUGAAGGAGCUGGGCCAGAGCACGCCGCAGUACAUGGAGAGCAUGGAGCAGGUGUUCGAGCAGUGCCAGCAGUUCGAGGAGAAGCGCCUGCGCUUCUUCCGGGACGUCCUGCUGGAGGUGCAGAAGCACCUGGACCUGUCGAACAUGGCCAGCUACAAAAACGUUUACCGUGACCUGGAGCAGAGCAUCAAAGCCGCCGACGCGGUGGAGGACCUGAGGUGGUUCAGAGCCAACCAUGGGCCAGGCAUGUCCAUGAACUGGCCACAGUUUGAGGAGUGGUCUGUGGACCUGAAUCGAACUCUCAGCCGGAAAGAGAAGAAGAAGAAUGCUGAUGGUGUGACCCUCAUGGGCAUCAACCAGACUGGUGACCAGGCUUCGCAGAACAAGCCCAGCAGUGACCUUAGUGUCCCGGGCAACCCCGAACGGUCAGCGCAGUCACUGUCCAGCUACAACCCCUUCGAGGAUGAGGACGACACGGGGAGCACCGUCAGUGAGAAGGAGGACAUUAAGGCCAAAAACGUGAGCAGCUACGAGAAGACCCAGAGCUACCCCACGGACUGGUCAGACGAUGAGUCUAACAACCCAUUCUCCUCCACGGAUGCCAACGGGGACUCCAAUCCCUUUGACGAGGACACCCCCUCGGGGACGGAAGUGCGGGUCCGGGCCCUUUAUGACUAUGAAGGGCAGGAGCACGACGAGCUGAGCUUCAAGGCCGGGGAUGAGCUGACCAAGAUAGAGGACGAAGACGAGCAGGGCUGGUGCAAGGGGCGCUUGGACAGCGGGCAGGUCGGCUUGUACCCCGCGAAUUACGUCGAGGCGAUCCAGUGA